AUGCCUCUUAUACGUUCCGCUAGUUUCAAUUUAUUUGUGGAGAUCAUGAUCCGAAUAGCUUUACUGUCUUUAUUCUGUUACAUGGAAACUAUGCCUCCUUUUGUCAGAGUAAUCUUGCCUUCGGAGCUGGAGUCAGAUUGCAAGUAUCCAAGGCGGGAGUCCUAUGUCCCUGGUGGAGCUCUGUGGGCUAUAGUGCUCUCUGUCCCUUGUCUCCUAUCUCUGCUUGCAUGGGGCGCAUGUAAUGACUGCAAUGACGCUUUUGAGAUACUCCUGUCGUGGUCUCUUGCGCUGGGCAUCAAUGGUGUCUUAACAGACUCCAUGAAAUUGAUAGUAGGCCGCCCUCGUCCGGACUUCUUCUACCGCUGCUUCCCCGACGGCGUGGAGUCCCCAGACCUUCAGUGCACGGGGGAUCCCGCAGACGUCAUGGAGGGUCGGAAAUCAUUCCCCAGCGGGCAUAGCAGCCUGUCUUUCUGCUCUCUGGGCAUGGCGUCCCUCUGGCUGUGCGGCCGGCUGGGCGUGCUGUCGCGGAGGCGGGGUAGCGGCGUUCGGGUCCUGGCCUGCCUCGCGCCUCUGAUGAUGGCCCUCUGCGUGGCGCUCUCCAGGAGCUGCGACUACCACCACCACUGGCAAGAUAUCCUGGUCGGGUCGUCCCUCGGGUUUGUGGUUGCGCUUUCCUGCUACCGGCAGUACUACAACCCACUGGCCUCCGACCUCUCGGGGGUCCCCUACGUGGUCUCCGGCGCCAACGCGGCCAAGUACCUCAACGGGAGGCCGGACUUUGGACCCUCUAAGGACCCCAGAGACGUGGAGUCCACGCCGCUGCUUGGUCCCAAGAAGGAGGACAAAUGGAUA